AUGGAUCAUUCAAACAUUAUCAAAACGACAAGUUGCUACAACGCUGCCUUAGUUGCUGAAGAUACUCAAAAAAUUUUUGUUGAAUCAGCCAAUUUCAUAAAGAAUUUCCACAAAUCGAAUAACCCCGAGUCAGCCUCAGCAAUUCUCAUUUCCAAUCCCGCAGGAAACGGCUAUGUCCAAGAAUGCAACUUUUUGGAGAAUACUAACGAGCAAGGCUACAUCAUAUACAUGCAGCACCUCGAAAUGAUUGUUGAGAAUUGUUGUUUCACGAAAGCAAAAGAAAACAGGGAAGUUAAUUUCCAAAUUAAAAUUGUUAACAGUAAAAUUAGGAAUAUGUGCUACACACAGACAGUAAGACCUAAUGAUGUAUUCGGAUAUGUUGAACCAUCAGAAAAUCUUAUGCAGAAACCAAAUAAAGGUAGAAAUGUCUCUAAAUCACUUCAAUUCUCAAUUAUGGCUAGUAUUUUAGCAGUAUUCAUCAAGUACUUCUGGUCAAAUUAUGUAAUGCAUUAUAUUUUGAAGCCUUCAAAGCAGAUUUUGUAA